CCCACAGCUCGAUUCGACUGGAUACGGGCGAACCAAGAAAGGAGGAGGGGGGGUGAUGGAGCGCGCGAGAGAGAACGAGAGAAACAAAACGUGACUAGGCAGCCAAAGCGUCCUGUUAUGCAACUACUGACCUACUAACAUACAUUUUGAGACAGAGAGCGAGAGGGAGUGAGAGAGCGAAACUGGAGCAAGUUAUCAACAUAACAUGAGGGAUUCAAAGUAAAACAGGAGACAAGGAAUCCAUGGACACAUUGAGACACUAACCCUAGAGUGAGUGCAGCACGACCGCGCGGUACGUUUCAACGCAAAUUCGGGAGACAAAUACAUACGGUACAGAAAGAAAAGAACGAGCCGAGGAACAGAAGCGGUGGAACACUAGAUCUCUAACGUCACAACGCCAAGCCCUUUGUCCUGCGCCCAGCUGGGGAGAAGAGAGACCGCCGUAGGGGGAGAGCGGAGAGCCGAGGGUGACCGAGUGACCUACAUCCCGCGUGCACACGCACACACACAGCCUCGAGCGCCAGACCACCGCCGCCGCACGGCCAACGGCGUCUCGGAAAGAUCAGAAAGAAAAGCAAACGCACGCAAAGACAAAAAAAAUAAAAAAACCCCGACCGGAGGUCCCCUUCCACCACCCCCCCCCCCAGCAGAGGCCUCCGCAUUCUCCGGACUCCAGGAAUUCCUCUGCCCGCUCCCCCCCUUUUUUUUCGCCGUGGGGAAAGAGGAAAGCGGACCGUAGCGUCGACAGAAGGAACGGCCUAGGCGCCGACUUUAAAUUCUUCCGCUGCUUGCGGGCGACAGGUUUCCGUGACCCGUCGGUUAAAUGUGGGAGGUUCACAUGCAGUUUCACCUCCUCCUCAUGUUUUUAGCCAACCUGGACACUUGAAAGACUCUCCUCAAAAGUGGAAAAGAAAAGAAAAAAUCAAUGAGUUUCAUCUUUAGUGGAGCACAAACACCUCAAAAAUUGUUUGCCGGACCCACCACGUGACUGCUUAAAAAACCCCCAGAGUGCACUGCAGUUCUCCGCCUUGACCUUCGACCUUUCUUGCCCUUCAGCACCCUUCCCUUUUUUUCCCCCCCGUUUUCUUUUUGAAAAAUUUGUUCCAAGUAUUCUCUUGUCAAUGGUCGCCGAGGACCCCCAUUCCAAACCGGCACAGUCUAGACGACAAUGGAAAGUGUGAGCGCGCAGGCCCCAACAGCAACCAGUUCCACCGCCAGCGGCAAAAGUUCGGAAGCCUUCUCCGAGUCCAGCGAGGGUCCCCCUCCGACCGAAAGCGACAGCAACCCCAACCCCAACCCCAGCGCCCGCCCCGCCCGCCAGUCCAAGCCAAAGCCCAACAUGAGCUGCCGGCGCAAGCGCGAGUUCAUCUCCGACGAGAAGAAGGACGCCUCCUACUGGGAGAAGCGCCGCAAGAACAACGAGGCGGCCAAGCGCUCGCGGGAGAAGCGCCGGCUCAACGACAUGGUGCUGGAGAACCGCGUGAUGGCGCUCAACGACGAGAACGUGCGGCUGAAGACCGAGCUGCUGCAGCUGAAGCUGCGCUUCGGCCUGAUCAGCACCGCCGCCUACGUGGAGAAGAGCCAGCAGAUCGCCGCCGCCGCCGCCGCCGCCGCCGGCAACGGGGGCGGGGCCAGCGGCGGCUCCGCCUCCUCCGGCCACUACUUCUCCAGCGGCUACUCCAGCGGCUCGCAGGCGCUGAUGAACUCGGACUCGUCGGAGGCCGAGCAGUCGGGCCUGGGGGAGGGCCACGCCCCGCUGGCCAAGUACUCCCCGCGCGGGUCCAUCUCCGACAUGUCGGACGGCUCGUCGCGCGACAGCCCCGAGCCGCUGGGCUACGAGAUCAAGUGCGAGCGGGCGGAGGGCAUGGACAUCGGCGGGCUGGACGUGGAGGUGGGAGGCGCCCAGGUGAUGUUCGGCGUCCACCGCGGACUGGGCCCCGCCCCCCACCACCGCGCGCCGGAGGUGAAGCCCGAGUACUGGAGGGGAGACGACGCCGCCCUAGCCGCCAGCCCCGCCCCGCCCGCCGCCGCCGCCGCCCCCCAGCGGAGCGUGAUCCUGUACCGGUCCAGCAGCAGCUCCUGCCCCGCCCCGCAGGACCCCGACCAGCGCCCGGCACAGCCCCGCCUCCUGGCGGGGCCCCUGGCCGGGGACGGGCCGGUCGGCCCCGAGACCCUGGCGGAGGUGACCAAGCAGCUGGAGAGGAAGACGCUGGACUCGCCGCCCUAUCAGCCCGGCGGUCCCGCGGAAGAGCGAGGCUACGCCGCGGCGCGUUGCCACGACGACCGCAGGGCCGAGGUCGGCACCGGCGCGGCGCCGGACCUCCUCCACCACAGCUACGAGGAGGGCGGGGCCCGCCCGUACCGCGCCCACCUGUCCUACCUGGGCGCCCAGGACGAGGAGCCGCCGGUGCUGACCUAUGAGGGCGGCCCCCGGGGGCCGGAGGGGGGCUACUACCAGGACCACUCCACCUCCGGCAAGGACACGUCCUCCAGCGACGGAGACCCCCGCAGCUCGGACAAGGACGCCUCCACGGACGACGAGUCCUCCCCGUCCUCCUCCUGCUCCGAGGUGGGCGGUUACCGCCAGCGGCGUCCCCAGUCCCCGCCUCCCGCCGCCCCGACGGGCCCCGCCCUCCCGGGCCAAAGCAAGGAGGCCCCGGCGGAGGUCAAGGGUACGGCCCUGCCCCACAAACUGAGGCUCAAACACAGGGCGCUCAGCAGCGGGGGGGCCCAGUACGACGCGUCGCUGCCCCCGGCCGUCUCCCCCGUAGCCCCGCCCCUUCCCCAGCACCCCUACCUGGCGCUCACCCAGGUGGGACCGCAGCCGGGCGGCGGCUACAGGGACAGGGAGGACGGCCGCACCCCCGUGGGCUUCUGCAAGCUGGGGGAGGACGGCUGGAAAGACUGCGGGAAGAAGGAGGUGGCAGGAGGCCGGAACAGUCGGAACAAGAGGAGAGACUGAGAGAGAGAGGAGGAGCCGCUGGACUGACUUCUUUGGGGUAGGAGGGGUACACGUCUGUCCAGAAGGUCAAACUGACUAGUAAACCCCCCUUUCUUGCAUCUCUCCAGAUAUCCGGAGACCCCAGUGUCAGUCCGCCACUGAUUAUACCUCUGUCCCCUCCCCAAAACCUCAGACCCCAGAAACAGGACUUGAAUCCUCGGGAUUCCUGGGUGCGCUGUCUUAUACACAUUGUACAGAUCGUGAUGUUUCGGUUGCCUCCACCAAGAGUUACUCAACGGACUGUGGUUGAGGCCCGUGAAAGGAACCUCCCCUUCUCAGUCUCUUUUCUACCGUUUUACUUUUUAUUUUUGUAAAAUAAGACUUCAAAAUGUA